AUGGCUGUGUCCUCGUCAGACAUGGCGGCCCCGGAUGGCAACAACGUCGAUGCCGCCCCCGCGCGACCCGUUGACGGCGCCUUGGGACUCACCGCCAUGCGAGCGCUCGCGAAGUUCAAGACCGGCGCGAGCGCCGAGUCACGCGAGAGCAAGCGGUCCGUCGGAGCCCAGCUCCGGGCAGAGCUCCCGCCUGGUCACCUCCCUGACAAGGAGCCAGUCUCGAUGGCCAAACGGCUCUCGCGCGCAAUGGCCAAGGAUGGCAUGACCGCGGGAGACCGCAAGCGCAGGGCCGAGCGCCUCGCGGAGUUGCAGGCCGACAUCGACGCCCAAUCGGAAGCUGAGGACCGAGCCGCGCGCGAGGCUCAGGAGGCGAAAACCAAGGCGGUCGCCGCCGAGCUCGAGGACUUGAGGGCGCAGGUCGCCGCGCUGACUGCCGCCAAACAGCGCGAGGCUGAAGCUAAGGCUGCGGCGGAGGCGAGGGCCGCCCAAGAGGCUUCCAGGGCGGAAGCAGAGGCCAGGGCUGCACAGGAAGCCGCGCGAGCCGAGAUGGAAGCCAGGGCUGCCGAGGAGGCUGCCAGGGCGGAGGCUGUCGCUCGGGCCAGUGCCGCGGCGGAGGCAAAGCUCCGAGCAGAGGCGGAGGCCGUUGCCAGGCUCAGGGUCGAGGUCGAGGCUAAGAUCAGAGCCGAGGCUGAAGCUAAAGGCCGGGCCGAGGCUGAGGCCAGGGCCGCCGCCGAGGCCAGGGCCGCCGCGGCGGCUGCGAGGACCGAGGCUGAAGCUUUGGCCAAGGCGGAGGCUGCUGCUGAGAAAGCCAGGGCAGAGGCUGCCGCUGAGAAAGCCAGGGCGGAGGCUGCCGCGGAAGCGCUCAGGGCGGAGGUCGCCGCCAGGGCUGCAGCCGAGGCCAAGGCUGCCGAACAGGCCAAAGCUGCCGAACAGGCCAAAGCUGCCGAACUGGCCAGGGCUGCCGAACUGGCCAGGGCUGCCGAACUGGCCAAGGCUGCCGAACUGGCCAAGGCUGCCGAGGAGGAGGCUGCUCGAGAUGCUGCGAACGCCGAGGCGGAAGUCGAGGUCGACGAGACACCGCCAACGCCCCCUCAGGAGUCUCCCCCACCCUCACCCGCGCAGAAUAAGGAUGCGAAUGAGGAAGAUUUGUCAGACGACGACGACGAACUUCCCCUGCACGCGGCGCUGGAGCACGGCGCUAGGUACGAACUCAUAGUCCGCAUCCUCCAGGCUGACCCCGAGGGCGCCUCCAUCUUCGACGCGAGGGGCGAGCUGCCCCUGCACGUGGCGCUGCGCAGGAACGCGCCAGCCGAGGUGAUCGAAUCCCUCCUCGACUUCCACCCCGUCGCCAUCACGACGAACGCGCCCGACGGGAGGGAACCGAUGCGGAUGGCGCUCGACUACGCCGACCGCGACGACGAGACGGCGGUGGUGGCGGUGCUGAACAGGACGCUGAGGGAGGUUGGCGGCGUCUCUCACGUCCACGCCGUCGAGGAGGUCGCCGUCGAGGAGGUCGCCGUCGAUCCGCCCCUGGUUGGUGACGGGGCGAAUCGGGACGAGACCGAGGAGAAGGUUGACGGGUCCGUGAAGGUCGCCGCCGCGUCACCGGAUCCAGUCGGGUUCCGAACGCCGCCCUCGAGCAGGUGCCUGCGGGAGAGUUUCGACUCUGCCAUGCGUAGCGGCAAGGCCAAGGAGUCGGCCGACGCCACGGAGGACGAUGGGAAGAUGAAGCAGAAGAAGCAGAAGAAGCGAUUCGGCAAGAGGUUCCUGGCGGGCGUUGGCAAGGGCCUCCGCGAGUUGGCGGUCGCGUCGUCGGCGGUGGUCGUCGGCGCGGCGCUGACCAAGCUCGCCACUCGGGAGAUGAGGAAACCGCGCGUCGUCAGGAAAUGGACCGGUGCGCUCUUCGCGGCGAAGGGUGGCGGCGGGAAGGAUGAGGCGGACGCGACUCCCGCGGACUUCGUAGAGGGGUGGAAGCCCUGGUUCCUCCAGACCAUCGAGCCCUCUCGUUUCGACUACGACCUGGAGUACGUCGACGACGAUGACGAGCUGUUUGAGGAGGAACCCUCCGGCCUUCUCAUACCCGUGUACGAAUACGAAGAGGAGAACGAUUACGGGUACGGGUACGAGGAGGAGUACGUAUACGAGGAGGAGACGCCCUCUGGCCUUCUCAUACCGGUUCAUGUUGGCGACGACUACUACUGAAGGACGACAACUUUUUGCACUGCUUCCGACUGAUUCUUGAGUGCUGUAAUACAAAACGUACGAACGA